AGCUGCGGCUUUGCAGAUUUGGCGCGAGCGCGGCUGGGCUUUACUGCAGCUGGUGCGUAGUUUAUUCCCGAACCUGUCUUGAGUCCCAGAAGCCGUGUGCGAGAGACGUGAGAAAGAGCCAGCACUGAGCUGAGUCGCCAUCAUGCCUCAAACCCGAUCCCAGUCACAGGCUACAAUCAGUUUUCCAAAAAAGAAGCUGUCUCGGACAUUGGACAAAGCUAAAACUUCUGGUGACACCAAACUAGAACUGACCAAUGUCCAGGCCUCACGCCGUUCUUGUGUAAAAAUUCUGCCUCUCAGCCCCAGAAAACGUCUUGGUGAUGAUAAUCUGUGCAACACUCCUCAUUUACCACCCUGUUCUCCACCAAAGCAAGGCAAGAAAGAGAAUGGCCCCCCUCGCUCACAUACACCUAAGGGGCGCAGGUUGGUGUUUGACAAUCAGCUGACAAUUAAGUCUCCUAGCAAAAAAGAACAAGCCAGAGUUCACCAAAACAAAAUACAUUCCCCGCUUCGAAAAGGUCAAGAGAUUACAACAAAUUCCGAGCAGAGAUGUCCACUGGAGAAAGAAUCUGCGUGUAUGAGACUGUUCAAGCAAGAAGGUACUUGCUACCAGCAAGCAAAGCUGGUCCUGAAUACAGCUGUCCCAGAUCGGCUGCCUGCCAGGGAAAAGGAGAUGAAUGUCAUCAGGAAUUUCCUGAGGGAGCACAUCUGUGGGAAAAAAGCUGGAAGUCUUUAUCUUUCUGGUCCUCCUGGAACUGGAAAAACUGCCUGCUUAAGCCGAAUUCUGCAAGACUUCAAGAAGGAACUGAAAGGCUUUAAAACAGUCAUGCUGAAUUGCAUGUCCUUGAGGAGUGCCCAGGCUGUAUUCCCAGCUAUUGCUCAGGAGAUUUGUCAGGAAGAAGUAUCCAGACCAGCUGGAAAGGACAUGAUGAAGAAACUGGAAAACCAGAUGACUGCAGAAAAGGGCCCCAUGAUUGUGUUGGUGUUGGACGAAGUGGAUCAGCUGGACAGCAAAGGGCAGGAUGUGUUGUACACGCUGUUCGAAUGGCCGUGGCUAAACAAUUCUCGAUUGGUGCUUAUUGGUAUUGCUAAUACUCUGGAUCUCACGGACAGAAUUCUGCCGAGGCUUCAAGCUAGAGAAAAAUGUAAGCCACGGCUGUUGAACUUUCCACCUUAUACCAAAAAUCAGAUAGCCGCUAUCUUGCAGGAUCGGCUUGAUCUGGUAUCUAGAGAUCAGGUUCUGGACAGCGCUGCAAUUCAGUUCUGUGCCCGAAAAGUCUCUGCUGUUUCCGGAGAUGUUCGAAAAGCACUAGAUGUUUGCAGGAGAGCUAUUGAAAUUGUAGAGUCGGAUGUCAAAAGCCAGACUAUCCUCAAACCGCUGUCUGAAUGUAAAUCACCCUCUGAGUCACUGGUUCCCAAGCGGGUUGGUCUUAUUCACAUAUCCCAAGUCAUCUCAGAAGUUGAUGGUAACAGAAUGACUUUGAGCCAAGAAGGGGCACAGGAUUCCUUCCCUCUUCAGCAGAAGAUCUUGGUCUGCUCUUUGCUGCUCUUGACCAGGCAGCUGAAAAUCAAAGAGGUCACUUUGGGGAAGUUGUAUGAAGCCUAUAGUAACGUCUGUCGCAAACAGCAGGUGGCAGCUGUGGACCAGUCAGAGUGUUUGUCACUUUCAGGGCUCUUGGAGGCCAGGGGCAUUUUAGGAUUAAAAAAAAACAAGGAAACCCGCUUCACAAAGGUGUCUUUGAAGAUUGAAGAGAAGGAAGUAGAGUAUGCUCUAAAAGACAUAGCUUUAAUCGGAAAUAUCUUAGCUACUGGAUUGCCUUAAAUUCUUUUCUUUUAUACUAAUAACGCUACCCAGCUGAAAGUAUCCAGCUGGCAUUCAGAGAGCCAUGGAGUCUUCAUUUUAGGACUUUAUCCAUUCAGGUCUGAAAACAAUAUGACCUUUUUUUAAUGUGAAACUGAUAAAUUUUUAAUCUAUGGAUUCAUGAAUAUUCGUGCAGAAUAAUAAUUUGGGGUCUUAUUUUAUGCAUUAAAAAUUACCAAGUAGACCCCUUGUAAUUAUAUUCACUACCUCCACCCCUUGUGUGUUUCUAACCAAUAUGCUUGUAUUGCAGUACACAAAAUUUUAUGUUGUGGAAUGUGCCUGUAUAUUUAUCUCUUAGUUUCUUCAGACAUUGGUGUAUUUUUAAAGAACUUUGGGGCUAGAGUAAGAAGAGAGAAAAAGGAUGUUGCAGGAAAAUAAGCAAGUCCACAUGGAGAUCUGGAAGACGCUUUGAUCAAAGAAUUUUUCUUUUUGGAGGAUACUGUGUUCACGUUGCAAGUGCUUCCAGACUGUGACAUUUUAAAGACUCAUUGAGCUUCUUGGGCACUCCCAAGGCUGUGGGGGUGCUAAAGGGACAGUAAAACUGUACAGAUUGUGAAUAUA